AUGGAAGUGGGAGAUAUAACAACAGUUGCAAGCAGAAAAAGAAUAAGUGUAGACGUAGAACAGCUUCGAGAUAAAGUAUCUAAAGAAACUGCGAAGAUAAUAAAGUUAAAGGUCGCACAAGACACAGCAUAUUGGGAUCUCAAAGAAAAGCUGCACCAAGUUGAAGGUAACCAUGAGCGUUUACAGCAAAAUAUGGUGGAAGUACAGAUGCAGCACGAAACCAUCUCUGGUCAGUACCAGGAAGAGUUGCGGCUUAGACCCGAGACACUUAACAAAGUGUCAGGUACUCGCGAGAUCUGUUCAGUCCUGGAAAGCUACUCUCUCCGUCUAAAAGACACUCUUGCUCGAUGUCGAGGAGAUCACGCCGCCCUGUUAGAAGCCAUGCAGCGAGCUGGCGGCGCUCUUAAGACCGCUUCGGAGAAGACACGGGCAGGAGAGAUGGCUUUGAAAGAUAUGGAAGAAAGAGUGAAAUUAACGACCGAACAUCAGAAUCAACUGAUGCAACUGUUUUCGGUAACGAAACAGCAAUCAGACAAAGAGAUACAAGAGCUGAAAGCUAAACUGGAGGCGGCUUUAAAGAGUAAGGAGGAACUGAUACACAACGUGCACGAGAUGAGACGCAAGAUGGACAUGUGUAGCUUCGAUAUAGGAAAGAAAGAAGAAACAAUAACAAAUCUCCAAGGAGACAUUAAACAACUGAUACAAGAGCUGACCAGCCAGAGCUCGGAGGCCAAGAACGCGCUCGACAAACAACAGAAAGAGUAA